ACCAGGAAUAACUUCCUGUAUUCUCACUAAACCCGUGCGUGGACGGUCUCUGUCUCCCCCAGUGUGAGUCUUAGUUUGUGACACUCCUCUCUCAGCAUGGAGUACACACCUUAGCGCAGCUGGCUCACCUUCUGCACAAACACACCGCUCCACGUUUCGGAUUAUGGACUCCUCCACAAACAGUUUGGACGAUGUCUCGGCGGACAGCAGCGCCGAGUUCCCGGACCGGGCGUCCAUGAUGGAGGUGCGCCUGCAAGCGCAGGAGGAUGAGAUCACGCUGCUCAAGUCCUCGCUGGCCGACGCUCUGCGCAAAAUCCGCAUCCACGAUCAGCUCCUCCCGUUGCUGAAGCAGCAGCUCAUAGCGAUAAACCCGGGCGCUGCACGGGUUCUCAACCAAGUGUGCGGCUCAGAUGGUUGCACCAGUGUCAGGAAACUGUCCUCCAGCUCAGCCUUCGAUGGCAUCCGCCACCCUCCAACCAGCCAACCUUCAGACAGCAUUGUACCCAAUGCUAACGGCCACACAGGAACCCCAAUGUCCUUGGAGUUCCGAGCCAGACCAGCAACACUGGACCGGUCGACCCAGACCGAGCCCACCCCAUCCGAGCAGGACAGGGUCCCUCUCCCCAGGCAGGUCCAGAGCCUGCAGCUGGAGGAUGCCCUCCUUCCAGGGCAGUCUUCGCUUGAAGGGAGCCGGGCCAAGCUCCACCGGAUCCCCGGGAUGGAGGAAGAGGACGAGGAGCAGGAAGAAGACGAGGAAGACGGAGGGGAGCAGGAGAAGGACCUGACUUGGACGUCGUCGGUGGAGGAGCCCAUCCAGCCCACCACGAUCCGAAGCCUCCAGAGGGAGGACUUCCAGGACGGGAGCUGCUCUCCAGAGGACCCAGGUCCUGCCUCUCUGAGAACUUCAGACCAAAACCUCAGCCCCCGAUCUGGACCCCUGUCCCCCAUCCAGGAAGGACAGAAAUCACUGGUUCGCAGGAACAGCGAGAAACUCGGUAACCCAGAGAGGCAGAGGAAACGUCUGGACAAAAAGGCGGCGUCCUCGGCCAACCUCCUCACCCGCUCCCCCAGCCUGGAGAAUCGCGCUAAGGACCUGAUCACCAAUGCAGGAUCCCCAGGCUCCAGAAGAGGAACCUACAGCCAAGGACAGUCGAUCAAAAUGUUCAUCCGAGGUCGUCCCAUCACCAUGUACAUCCCCUCCAACAUCCAGAACUACGAGGACCUGAAGAUGGAGCCGCCCUCCGAGAGACUGGAGCUGGACUGGGUCUAUGGCUACCGGGGACGGGACUGCCGGGCCAAUCUCUACUUCCUGCCGACCGGCGAGGCUGUGUACUUCAUCGCCUGCGUCAUCGUGCUUUACCACAUCAACAACCGCACACAGCGCCACUAUCUCAAACACACAGACUGUGUCCGAUGUCUUACCCUCCAUCCUGACAAAGUGCGAGUGGCAUCUGGCCAGACAGCAGGAGUGGAUAAAGACGGCAAGCCUCUGCAGCCAUGCGUCCACAUCUGGGACUCCACCACCCUGGUCACCCUGCAGCAGAUCGGCCUGGGAACCUUCCAGAGGGGAGUGGGAUCGGUGGCGUUUUCCUUCGCUGACUCUGGAGCUUCUCUGUGUGUCAUCGAUGACUCUAAUGAACACAUGCUGUCGGUGUGGGACUGCGCCAAGGGCACCAAGCUGGCAGAGGUCAAGAGCACCAACGAGGCCGUGUUCGCCGUGGAGUUCAACCCCAGCGACAGCACCAACAUCAUCACCUGUGGAAAAUCCCACGUCUACUUCUGGACGCUCAGCGCCGGGCAGUUCACCAAGAAACAAGGCAUCUUUGGAAAAUACAAGAAGCCCAAGUUCAUCCAGUGCUUUACAUUCAGCCUGACCGGAGACGUUCUGACCGGAGACUCCGAGGGAAACAUCCUCACCUGGGGCAAAUCAGCUGCAGACAUCAAGACUCUGGGGAAAGGAGCCAAAGAGACCUUCCAGAUCAUGCGUCAGACCCGGGCCCACGAAGGCAGCGUGUUCACCCUGUGCAACCUGCAGGGCGGCGCUCUGCUCAGCGGCGGCGGGAAGGACCGGAAGAUCAUCCGCUGGAGCGCCGACCUGGCUCCUGAGAGAGAGUGUGAGAUUCCAGAAAAUUUCGGGGCCGUUCGAACCAUCGCAAACGUGGAUGAGGAGGAGCUUCUUGUUGGUACGACACGAAACGCCAUCCUCAGAGGGACCUUCUCAGACGGGUUUGUGGCCAUUGUACAGGGUCACGUAGAUGAGAUGUGGGGUUUGGCCACUCAUCCCUCCCAGAACAUCUUCCUCACCUGUGGCCACGACCGACAGGUGUGUUUGUGGCAGACAGAAGAACACAAGCUGGACUGGUGCAUCACCCUGGAGCAGGAGUACGGCCUCUGUUCUGAUUUCUGCCCUAACGGGUCCGUGGUGUCAGUCGGCCUCAGCACAGGAAGGUGGUUGGUCCUGGACCUGUUGACCAGGGAGGUUGUCUCUGAGUCCACCGAUGGGAACGAGCAGCUGUCUGUCAUGAGAUACUCACCAGAUGGCAGCUUUUUAGCUGUCGGAUCCCACGACAACUUCAUUUACAUCUACAACGUGACGGAGAGCGGCCGCCGUUACACCCGCUUCGGGAAGUGUAACGGACACUCCAGCUUCAUAACUCACCUGGACUGGUCCAAGGACGGGAAGUACAUCAUGUCCAAUUCAGGCGACUAUGAGAUCCUUUACUGGGACAUAGCCGGAGGCUGCAAACUGCUGAGGAAUCGCUUCGAGAGCAAGGACAGGGAGUGGGCGUCCUACACCUGUGUGCUGGGCUUCCACGUCAUGGGCGUCUGGUUGGAGGGAUCAGACGGCACCGACAUCAACGCGCUGUGUCGCUCCCACAGCGAGAGGAUGGUGGCCGUGGCCGAUGACUUCUGUAAGGUCCACCUCUUCCAGUAUCCCUGUCCCAAACUAAAGGCGCCGAGCCACAAGUACGAGGGCCACGGCAGCCACGUCACCAACGUCCGCUUCACCCACUGCGACUCCCACCUGCUCUCCAUGGGCGGGAAGGACACCUGCAUCCUUCAGUGGAGGGUGACAGGAGGCGGGGGGGUGGGGGACGGCCGGGAGAGACAGGCCUCGGCCUCCACCUCGUCCACCAGCUCCCCCGAACCUGCCACCACCUAGAAAACCCCCCAAAAAAAAAUUAAAAAUAAAAACAUAAAUAAACUGGUGUUGUUAAAAGUGAAGGGAGAGGGGGGGGGAUCUGCUUCCUCGCAGCCACUCGAGAGGUGUGGAAGUCGGUGUCGGCUCAGUUUUCUGGCCUCUGCUGCGACCGCUGGGUUCAGUUUUCGUCCAGAACGAGCAGAGGAAUCGUCUUCAGGAGGAGCGUACGUGUUCAUUUUGCUCUUUAAUGAUGUAGAUUCAUGUGAAACUGGACGCUGUGAUGCGUAACACAGAGUAUGUGUCAGUAUGUGUUUUACGUAUCAUGGCAAAGACCAUUAGACCCAUAGACUGGAUAUAAAUAUGGACGACGCGGCUCCACUUCCUCGCAGUGGACGGGGCGGCGCCAUCUUGUGACUUUGUAGCUUUGAGUCUGAUCAUUAUCGACGCCCCGCCCACGUUUCCACUUCCAGACUCAUUCGUGUUUUCGUUUUAAUUCAUGCUACACUCUGCUCCGCCUCCACCAAUCACAAAGAAAUGUUGGAUUAUACACUGUACUUAUUGUUUAAAUUUGCCUUUUUACGACUCUUCACGGGACCAGUUUACGGAGCGGUUGGCAUGGCGACUGGUGGUCGCCAUUAUUGAAACGUGUACAAAAAAAAUAAAAAGACUCUUGGAUAUGCAUCAACAUUAUAUUUACGAUCUGAAAUAACUGGAACUAUCCUUGAAAAAAAUAUUAGGGUUUUAGUCCCGCCCACUAACAUGGAGGAGGUGGAGCUUAUGACCUGUACUGCAGCCUCCAGCCACCAGGGGGAGCUCUACACGCUUUGAUUUCACUCUAGAGGGACCAUAUUUAUAUACAGUCUAUGCAUUGGACACAUGUUUGAUGACUUUCGGUUUCAUUCUGUGUCGUUGUGUUUUAGUUAAUCUGGAGAGCGUCGUCGUGUUGAGCCUUAGCAGAGAUUCUUACGUAUUUUUUAAACAUUUUACACAGUGUUUCGUUGACACCUGAGCUCAUUCUUGAGGCUGUUCUCAUGCUUACAAUAGACAAGACUGUGACAAACCUUUGAAAUCAACUCUUCUCUCGUACUAAUUCCUUAUUUUUUUUUUGUUUGUUUUUCCUGACAGUAAAUCAGUACACUCCGACGUGAUUACUUUAGUACGAUUUUAUAUAUUUAAAAGACUGUUGGUUAUACUGUGAUGUAUCGGCCAAGCUCUCAAUAAAUAAAGACUGGAAGGUG